AUGGAGAGCGAGGAGGAUCCAGUGAAGAAGGAACGUGUGGUGGAAGCGCGAGCUAGAAACAUAAGUCACAAUUUAAUUCGGGAUGGGAAAUCUGAUAAAGAGAUCUACAAGAAGCUCGGGGAAGAGUAUGGUGAGACGGUGCUUUAUGAACCAAAAUUUGAUUUGCAGACAGCUGGUCUAUGGUUAUCACCGCUUUUAGUUGCAGGUGUCGCUGGAGGAAUGUGGGCAUACAAAAAGCACAGGCAAAAGACUAAUGUGCACAUUAUGGCUUUAAACCUCGUUAGAGGAGUCCCAUUAACCCCAAGGGAGAAGGAAACAAUGCUAGAGGUCCUCACACCACCGCCUUCCGAAGGAGCUUCCUAUUGGUGGAGAAGAUGGCUUCGUUAA